AUGCUUGCCUGUUUUAGACGACCGCGGGUAGAAGUGGUCAAGCACAUAGACCAGGAUGUAGCCUGUGCUGGGUGCAACGGCGCGGCGGGCUGCGGCGAUGGCUUUGACACAUUUCACUGCGCUGGCAGUUGUGGCCCUAAGCGCGUACACCACGAGCAGCAACAGCAGCAGCGGCAGCGGCAGCAGCAGCAGCAUCUGAAGCAGCAGCAGCAGCAGCAGCAACAUGCCCCUCAGGCGCCGCAGCAACAGCUAUUGUUGAGGCAGCAGCAGCUGGCGGCGUCACCGACGCUGCCGCCGCAGCAGCAGCAGCAGCAGCAGCAGCAGCAGCAGCAGCAGCAGCAGCAGCAGCAGCAGCAGCCACCACAGCAGGAACAGCCUUCACUGCAGCCACAGCAGCAACAGCAGCCACUACAUCACCACCAUCAGCAGCAGGACCAACAGCAGCAGCAGCAGGACUGCAGGGACCAGCAGAAGGGGCGGCAGCAGCAGCAGCAGCCGCCGCGCGCCGCUGUCGCCUUCUCCCCGCCCGUCGGCCCCGCACCCCACCGCAAGUACCAUCCGCCGCCCCAUGCGGCCCCGCCGCAGCCCGCACCGCACCCAGAGCCUGCGGCCGCGCCGCGGCCCCAGCCGCCGCCCGCCCUGGCCAGCGCCUUGCUGGGCGCCCCCGCCUCCAGCGCGGAAGCGGUGGCGCGCGACGCGCCGCCCUCGGCGCGGCAUGGGGGCGGCGCGGAGGGGCCGGCGGGACGGGCAGACGAGGAUGGCAAUGACGCGCAGAGCAGCGACAGUGCAAACGGACCUGACGGCGCGAAGGGCGGCGCGGCGCCGGAGCGGCCGUGGCGGAGGCCGCCCCUGCGGUCCGCGUCCCAGUGUGAUCUGAAGCCCAAGUAUCAGGUGGCGUUCGAGGAGCUCGUGUUCCACGAGACAAUUGGGAAAGGCAGCUUCAAGACGGUGUACCGCGGCCGCUGGGCCAACACCAACGUGGCGAUCGUGCGCAUGCGCAAGGGCGGCAGCGUGACGGAGGCGCGCAUGAUGCAGCAGCUGAGUGGGCACCCCAACCUUGUGCAGUUUUACCGGUGA